GGAAAGUGCGCUGCAGAGAUUUGUUCUUCGUACCAUGAAUCUCUCGUGUACGAAUAUUCACUAACAGCUUAAACUUUGCCUAAACACAGAAGAAGUGUGUUUGUGGUGGUGUUUCUUUCUCCGUCGUGUGCUUUUUCUUUUUUUUUUGGUGGAAAAGUUUUGGGGCCGGGACGACAACAUAGAUUCCAGUGUGGAGUAGAUAUGCGCUUUGUUACAUUCUCAAGAAUGCCAGCAAGAAACAACAGGAAAGCGCUGUCUUUCACUGCAGACUUCGACAGCUAACACACUUCGGAAGAAAACCAAAAGUUCUCUGCUGUUAAACUUUAGAAUGACUCGGGAUAACCUUUUCUGACUGUCGUCGAUAUUUCCUGCUGUGUGAAAAAAAGAAAAGAAAAAAGUUUGGGAUUGGCUCAAACUACUUUUUGUGAGUUCCUGAACGCGACAUUUUCGGACACCCACACUCUCACAUACAGUUCGCAGACUGUUUUGGGACAAUGGAUCCGAGCCAGCAUAACCCUCCUGCGGGACACCAAAUCGUCCAUGUACGGGGCGACUCCGAGACCGACCUGGAGGCUCUUUUUAACGCCGUGAUGAACCCGAAAAACACUAUCGUGCCCCCUUCCGUACCCAUGAGGAUGAGGAAACUGCCAGACUCCUUCUUCAAACCCCCUGAACCAAAGUCCCAUUCCAGACAAGCCAGCACCGACGCUGGGACCGGCGGAGUCCUCACACCCCACCACGUCCGAGCACACUCGUCCCCGGCCUCCCUUCAGCUGGGAGUUGUUUCUGGUGGCUCCCUGGCUUGCAUGCCCCCACCCUCCCCUCAACAUCUCAGGCAGUCUUCGUAUGAGAUUCCCGAUGACGUGCCCCUGCCCCCGGGGUGGGAAAUGGCCAAGACUGCCUCUGGCCAGAGAUACUUCCUCAACCACAUUGAUCAGACCACAACCUGGCAGGAUCCACGCAAGGCCCUGCUCCAGAUGAACCAGGCUCCCCCUCCCAGUUCUGUGCCAGUCCAGCAACAGAACAUUAUGAACCCAGCCAGUGGUCCUCUCCCUGAGGCCUGGGAACAAGCUAUUACAUCAGAGGGAGAAAUUUACUACAUCAACCACAAGAACAAGACCACAUCCUGGCUUGACCCACGACUUGACCCGCGCUUUGCCCUGAACCAGCAGAGGAUCUCCCAGAGUGCUCCAGUGAAGCAGGGAGGGCAGCUCCCUCCCGGAGUCAUGGGAGGCAACAACCAGAUGAGACUGCAGCAGAUCGAGAAGGAGAGGCUGAGACUGAAGCAACAGGAGCUGCUUCGGCAGAGACCACAGGAGCUCGCUAUAAGGAAUCAGCUGCCUACUAGUAUGGAUCAAGAUGGCGGCACAAACCCUGUGUCCUCCCCUAUGACCCAGGACGCCCGUACCAUGACCGCCAACAGCUCUGACCCAUUCCUCAACAGCGGGACCUACCACUCCAGGGAUGAGAGCACAGACAGCGGCUUGAGUAUGAGCAGCUACAGCGUCCCGCGCACUCCAGACGACUUCCUCAACAGCGUGGAUGAGAUGGACACAGGGGACCCUCUUCCACCCUCCAUGGCAACACAGCCCAGUCGUUUCCCCGACUACCUGGACGCCAUCCCGGGAACAGACGUAGACCUGGGCACCCUGGAGAGUGAGAGCAUGGCGGUGGAGGGCGAGGAGCUGAUGCCCAGUCUCCAGGAGGCCCUGAGCUCCGACAUCCUCAAUGACAUGGAAACGGUGCUGGCAGCUACCAAGAUUGACAAGGAGAGCUUCCUCACGUGGUUAUAGACGAUCCGAGCAGGACCCUCCUCACUCCUCUCCCCACACUGAACUGCUGCCUGCUCUUAUCUGUGAAGGAGUCGUAGAUGCUUCGACAAGACAUUUCAGCGAGCCCCUCUGGACUUCGGUUUCUGUCUCGGCAUGUAAGGCCAACCUCUUUUUGAGGCAGUAUUGUUCUUUUCUUUUCACUGGUGUGUUAUCUCUUUAUUUUGUCUGUGUCUUCAAGGCUGGCCCAUGAACAGACAAUAACGCAAGGGUCCCCAAAUCUUUCACAUAUCUGUCAGUGAAUCUAGGGCGUCUUUACCUAGGGCAGGGGUCGUUUCCACCCCUGGUCUCCCCUCAAAGCUGAGCUGGGCGGCUGCAUGAACUCUGAUGCAAGGACUGCCGUCAUCGAUUAAUCGCCUGGAGUCUCUGGUGCCUUCUCUUUCUUGCAAUAUAGCAUUAAGCAGCACGCGUGGGACUAUUGCAUCUAGCUUAUAUAGCUUUAUAUUUGGCCAUGUACGUUUUUAUCCUUUUUUUAGUUUGUUUUCAACGAGCCUGAGAAACCAAAAAUGAUGUAUUUGAAGCAUAAAGAACAAUACUGAUUUGGAGUAAAGGUAAUGUGAGGCCCAGUUUGGACAUGUUGCCUUUGGGGGGGGUUGUAGCCUGGGGCCCGACUACAUUGCUUCUUGGCUGUGCCAGCAAGUCUAAGUUAAACCUUUGAUAGAUCAAGUGCCUUCAGUAGUAUUUUUUUUUAAGAUGCGAGCAACAUGAACAAUUACUAAGUUUCUGUAAUGCAGCAAUAAGCAUAAGGCUGUGUUCGCUUACAUCAGCCACACUUUCCUCUAUCUAAUGUUCAAUAAUCAAAAUUGUAUUUUAUAAACGCAUAAGGGGAUUUAGGGAUUUCUGCUUUUUUCUUUCUUCUCAGUAUCUCAGUCUUAUCCAAGCCUAAAUCAUGAGUCAUUCUUUGUUUAAUCUUUUUAGUAUUCUUUUAUUUGUAGGUUACUGCAUAUGUAUGAUCUUUUAUCAAAUGGCAUUUUGCUUCUUGUUUUUAAUUUCUUUCAUAGAUUAAUUAAUACUUUUUUUUCCUAAUGGAGUUGAAUGUGUUCAUAGCACACUAUUUCUCCAAAAUGAAGUCUGCCAAGACACAGAAUGAUUCAGUUUGGGCUUUUUUUUUCUUCUUUUUUUUAUUUUUUUUACCAUUUUGCUGAUUCGCUACUUGUUUCCAAUUUUACUUUAUACAUAUUAGUGUUAGUUUUUUUUUUUUUAUGAUCACAUGCAGCUUUUACUAUCUUUCCUAAACAGUAACCAAAAAGGUAGAUCUCUUGGCAAAACUACAGCUCUUUGAUCAAUUGAACCUUGUGACAAUGUACAGUAUACAAACCAACAGUUCCUACGGGGCGGCGGAGCCCCUCUGUGCGACGCCAUGUGUUGAAAUGAGGGGUUAGGGACUAUAGCUAGGGCAAGUCGAAGCAGGUUUGAGAGCCAUGUUGAGGGUCGUGUAGAAGGCCAGGGUUUGACUGACGGCGGUGAGUUACGCGGAUUGUUUUUUUUGUGUUUUUGUGUGUGAAAUGAUUAAAAAAAACAAUCGGUUAUCUCAGUCAGGAAUUGUUGUGGCAGAUUCCAAAGAUGUUUUUGUAAUGACGCUAACACUUAAUUUUGCUUCCAUUUUCACAGAGUCCAGAACCAGUAUGAUUUGUAAAUCAGCCUCUGAACACACUGUAUAAGCUAAUGAGAAAAUGAUGUAGGUUUAAAGUGUUAAUGGACAUGUCUAUGAAUAGGUCUAGCUGAGAGACUCUUUGUUUUCUUCUUUCUUUUUCUUCUUGAGACAAGGUGGUUGUUUUGAGUGACUAACCCUGAGAUUUAAGGAUGAGGUUUCAGAACGGAGCAGUAAGUGAUUCUUCUAUAAGCGCUCACAUGUUUACAUUAUCGGAGUAGGAAACUGCUACAGCUGCAGUGGAGACAACCCACUGACAAUUCUCUCAUAAUCACAUUAUUUUGAUGUUUACACCAUGACGACAUCCUUGCAUGACUGCAGUAACCUUUGAAUAAUCAGCCUGCUGUGCAUGCCCUUGGAGGGUGUCGCACUGAUUAUGUUGCCAACAAAUAGUUGGUGGCAUUAACUUGAUGGAACAAUAUUGUUUUGUUUUUUUAGUUUUUUUUAGAUCAGAGAUCAUGAACAAUUUUUUAUUCUGUGUGAGAAACCUCUUUUUAGUUUGGAUUUUAUUGAUCAUUAAAUCAUGUGUUAAUGAUAAAUUUAAGAUGGAUAAACAGUGUUGGUGAGAACAAUGCAACUAAAACGAGUGGUACACUACAGUGCUUGUAUUGCACGGCUUCAGUUUUCAUUGUGACGCAAUGCCGCAUUUUGUCACACAAACCUGAUUUUAUGCUUACUUAGUGUGUAAUUGUCUGAGCAUAUUAGCUGUUGACUGUCAUUGUAGCCCUAGAACUAAUCACACAAGUUAAAGGAUUUUGUAUUUAGACUUUUCUAAAUGCACAUGAAAUGAAUUUAUAUUCAGUAAUGAUCUUUUUUUUUUGAUAGAUAUGUGCAUGUGUUUUUAGAACAAUACAUUCUGUUACAUUAUAUCUUGCUUCAUAUGAUACUUUGAAAUUGGCCUGAAAUAAAGUAUAUACUUUUGUGGU